CUGUAACAGCUGUGCAUUCAGCGUUAAAAUGUUCACAUGCUAGCGCCGCCCGCGUCACUCCACUUCUCUCUGCCGCCUGGCUGAUAAUUCUUCUAGUCCAACCCAGCAAACGCCAUACACACGCUCACACUUGAGACAUGGUCGCUUCGCUGCGGCGCAUCUUGGGCAAACGCUCACUGAGUACAACUUCUUCCUCGGAGCACACCGAUCAGUCGAGCUCUCAUAACGACACUGCACAAGAACCAAUCAAACUCGGCGAUUUGGCAGUUCCAGCACCACCACCGCGGACUUUGCAACGAAAGUCGCCUUCCAGGGAGCAAUUGCAAAAGUACAAGCAGAAGGCACCAUUCUUCAAUUUUGCCACGCCGCCGCCGGGCAAUACAAAUGAAACAUCUCCACCUCUUGAAUCUCCUCGGAGUGCGCCUCACUUGGCCAGUCCCACUCCCACAAAGCGCAGAGUCGAAGCACGAGGCUGCCAGUUCGAAAUCAUGGAACCAGGCGAGCUGCGAGAGGCAUCUAAGAGCGCCGAGGAUCUGACGGCAGCCGGACGUAUCCUUGCAGCUCUUGGGCCUUCGCGGAGCACCAGAUCGCGCUCUCGGCGAGCGCAGAGAUCAGACUCGACCCAGGAGGAUGAGCUUGCUGUCACCAAGGAUCUCGCCAGCGCUACAGCGUUCGGCACGGCGAGCAAAGACACGCUUCAACUUCCAGGCCCACACCUGUGGAAGAAGAGCGAGAAUCGCGCUCGUUCCCCUCCACACCCCCUGUGGUAUCCCAAGAACAAGAAUCUGGGGGAGCAGACAACAAUGCUCUUCCAAAUCCCCACCAACAGCUUCAAAAAUUCCUCGCCCCACGCUUUCCCCUGUGAACGCUGAUCCAGCGCUGUACCCACCACUCAUCGAUUUCUGCAAGAACAGUAACAAAACUCCUCCAAACCGCUCCACUUCUGAUAGCCCAAACACUACCCAGUAUGAGACAGUCAGAGUCCGACCACCGAUCUAUGAUUUGAGCAAGCCUCCUGGCCAGCAGUGGGAGCAAUUUGGCAUCACUUCGAGUCGACCACAGAGAGCUUGGGAACCGGCACCAAGAUGGACCUGUUGUACUUGUGAGGCUCAGACGAUUGUGGAGCAGAUUGUUUGUUCGAAUUUGGAGUGUUUGCACGAUCGUUGUCAUAAUCGGUGUCAGGUUGGGCUGACGAGUAGGAAGGAUAUGAUUUUUGGGAGGAUGUGAGGGGACUGGGAAGUUCGGGGCAGAAUUGGUAUGACAGACAGGCGUGGAGGAAAACGAC